CCAGGCAGGACUUGCUCAGCCUCCCUGCCCCUUCCUACCCACAGCUGCACAGUAAACAGAGGAGGAUGGGUGCUGGGAACCCGAGCUGUUCUCUGUCCCCCCAGACUUCCCCAUCUCUCCCCAGGCCUGACCUUCCUAGGAGAUACUCCAUCUUCUCGGGGGACAACUGGUCCUACAGGUGACACAUCUGUGUCCCCUCACACAGCUAUCUCAGAUUAAGUCAUCCUGAGUCUGUUUGUGGGGUGGUGUGUACCCCACUGUUCCUGUACCCCCAAACUUCUUGAGCAAGGGCUGCUGCUGGGCCACCUCUGUUCCCUGUAGGGUGAGCUCAGGGGCCCGAGAGCCAUUGGCCAUACUGGGAGGGAGUCGUGACCCGGAACCCACAAACGUCCCAUCCAGGCGCCCUUGGUGGGGUCAGGGCCUGUUUCCCUUCUGUAGUUGAGCACAGUGCAAGUCAGGUCUGGCAGAAGCAGGGAUGGGGGUUUGAAACAGGGUGAGUCAGAGCUUUCAAGGUGUGUAUGUUUGUGCAUUGACAAGCAUUUAUUAAGCACCUGCUGUGUACAGGUGUGCUUGGAGCACUGGAGAGAAAGGGAGGAUGACAUCAGGUACUGGCAGUUCUGCUCCCCCUUUGCUUUCAAGGACAGAUGGGGCCAUCAAGGAAGGGGUGGGGGUGUCAGCAGGGCAUAUCCCCAGAGUCCUCUGGGAGCCCCCCAGCUGUUGGUGGAGAUGCCCCUCCCUGUCCUGGUCUCACCCCCACCCCGGGGGCACCUUGAACAUAACAGGAAAUUUCAACAGGAAGCCAAGCCCCGACUCCACCCUGCCCGGGGCCUCAGUCUGCCCCCAGGGGAGGCCAUGAACGCCACGGGGUCCCCAUCUGUGGCCCCAGAGUCCUGCUACCAGCUGGCGGCCAGCGGGCACAGCCGGCUCAUCGUGCUGCACUACAACCACUCGGGCCGGCUGGCAGGGCGAGGGGGGCCGGAGGACGGCAGCCUGGGGGCCCAGCGCGGCCUGUCGGUGGCCGCCAGCUGUCUGGUGGUGCUGGAGAACGUGGUGGUGCUGGCGGCCAUCAGCACCCACAUGCGAUCGCGACGCUGGGUGUACUACUGCCUGGUCAACAUCACGCUGAGUGACCUGCUCACCGGCCUGGCCUACCUGGUCAACGUUCUGCUGUCGGGGGGCUGCACCUUCCACCUGGCGCCUGCGCAGUGGUUCCUGCGCGAGGGCCUCCUGUUCAUGGCCUUGGCCGCGUCCACCUUCAGCCAGCUCUUCACGGCGGGCGAGCGCUUCGCCACCAUGGUGCGUGUGGCCGAGAGCGGGAACACCAAGACCAGCCGCGUCUAUGGCUUCAUCGGCCUGUGCUGGCUGCUGGCCGGACUGCUGGGGCUGCUGCCCCUGCUCGGCUGGAACUGCACGUGUGACUUUGACCGCUGCUCCAGCCUGCUGCCCCUCUACUCCAAGGACUACAUCCUGUUCUGCGUGGUCCUCUUCGCGCUCAUCCUGGCCUCCAUCCUGGGCCUCUACGGGGCCAUCUUCAGGGUGGUUCGCGCCAAUGGACAGAAGGCCCCGCGCCCCCCGGCCCGCCGCAAAGCCCGGAGGCUCCUGAAGACCGUACUCAUGAUCCUGGUGGCCUUCGUCGUGUGCUGGGGACCGCUCUUUGGCCUGCUGCUGGCCGACAUCUUUGGUUCCAAUAUCUGGGCCCAGGAGUACCUGCGAGGCAUGGACUGGAUCCUGGCGCUGGCCGUGCUCAACUCGGCCAUCAACCCCCUCAUCUACUCCUUCCGCAGCCGGGAGGUGUGUCGCGCGGUGCUGGCCUUCCUCUGCUGCGGGUGUCUCAGGCUGGGCGUGCGAGGCCCCGGGGACUGCCUGGUCCGCGCCGCCGAGGCUCACUCCGGAGCGUCUACCACCGACAGCUCGCUGCGCCCCAGGGACAGCUUUCGGGGCUCCCGAUCACUCAGCUUCAGGAUGCGGGAGCCCCUGUCCAGCGUCUCCAGCGUGCGGAGCAUCUGAGCCCGCAGCGGGGACAGCCGGGGGCGCGCACACCCAAGCGGGCCCUGGGGGGGGGGGACGCGGGGAGGGGUGCGCGCACAGCGAGCAGAGAACGGGGCGCGCUCUCAAGGCCUCCGCGUCACCUCCCGGGCCUGCGGACGCUUCCAUGGGCACCUGGGAUAGGGGCGGCUGCCUAUCGGGGCAGUGAUCCUGGGAAGGUCCCGGCCCCUCUCUGGGCCUGCGUGGGGCGGGCUCACCCCAACGGGAGGUCCCGUUGGGGACCUGGCAACUUGACGUGGAAGUUCAAUGUCGGGGCCCGGGAGCUGCGAGAGCGGUGCGCAGGUGGCGCGCUCAGGCUAGACCCCGCGGUGCGCGUGCGCCCUGGGGGCGUGGCUUGCGAGGGGGCGUGUGCGCAGUUAGACCCCGCCCCCUCCUGCAGCCCCUCCCCCGCCAGGCCAGCUGCAGGCGCUUGUGUGCGGUGAGAUUGCGUCUGCAUGUUGCAACCAUGCCAGGCAGGGGACCCGGUGACACUUGCCACCUGCCUCUUCUCGCUCACUUCCCUUUGGGCCUUCUUGCGUCUUUUGAGGCUCCCAUCUGGGGGCCAGCAGGGAGGAAGAGACCUGACGCCCCUGGCCCCGGGCACGCGCUGCCUCGCCCUUUCUCAUCCAUACAAUGGGCUCAUUGCCAACCCAGGGUGGCACUGGGCUGUGGGUACUCAGCCGGCUCCGCGGGUCACUGCGCGAAUGAUGAACUCAAUGUUUCCUUGUAAAUGGCAUUUAACUUGAAUUAGUUUACAUUAAAUGGCACCACGGGCUGAUGACUACAGAAGGACAUUCCCUCUGUCGCUGGCAGAAGGAUGCUCUUUUCCAUCCUGCCAGCUCCCAGGGCCCUCGAGUCCCGGCAGGUCAGGGCCUAGGGCGGAAGGGUUGGGGUUCAGACAUUGUUGUGGUGACAGGGGAUGGUCUACCCCACUGCCCAAUUUUGUAGCCACUAACCACUUGUGGCUUCAUAAAUUUUAUUAAAGUCAAUGACAACUAAAAAUUCAUUUUCUUAUUGUAUUGCUUGACACUGUUUACAGAGUCCCAUAGACCGGGCAGGAGCAGGUGGUCGUACACGGGACCCUGCCUCUAGCUCAGCUGUGGAGGCGGAAGUCCUUGGUCCAGCUGGGCAGAGCUGCUUCCUCUGAGGCUGGAAGGGACAAUCCAUCCUGGCCCGUCUGCAGCACGUAGGAGCAUCGCCGGCAUCAUCACACCGCGAUCUCUUCUGCACCUGUGUUCAAAUCCCCCCACACCCAUUUCAUGCUACUCCUUUUCAUGGUACUGGGCCUACCCUUGCCAGGCAGGCACUCUAUGGCUUGAACCUCUCCCUCAGCUCUUUUUGCUUUAGUUAUUUUUCAGGUAGAGUCACAAGGCUUUGCCCAGGACUGGUCCUGGGCUGUGAUCCUCUAUCUCUGCCUCCUGCAUAGCUGGGAUCACAGGCAUCGGUCACCAUGCCCAGCUUAUUGGUUGAGAUAGGGGUCUCACUAACUGUUUGCCCAGGAUGGUCUGAAGCCAUGUUCCUUCCCAUCUCUGCAUCCUGAGUAGCUGGAAUUACAGGUGUGAGCCACCGUGCCUGGCCCCAAAUCUCCUAUUGUGUAAAAACCCCUGCCAUAGGGCUAGGGUUCACCCUGCUCCACUACAACUUCAUCCUAACUACUUCCAUCUGCAGUGACCCUAUCUUCCAAAUAACGUCCCAUUUUGAGGGACUCAGAAUGGGGGUCGCUACUCAAACAUAGGAAUUUUGGAGGGAACAUGAUUUAACCCAUACCGUCCUGUCCCACAGGCCACAUUUCAAGUACUCGGGAGAGUACAGCAUGAUAGGGGCAGGCUUAGCAUUUUCCUGAUUCCUAUCCGGUCUGUCUCUGGGCCUCUGGGAGUUGGCCCUGCUCCUCUUCUGCCCUGCAUGGUGUCCCACUCUCUUGCUUCCACUGAGCCAAACUAUUUCUUGUUCCCUCCCCUCUGGGGACCUAGCAGUUGUCUUUCUUAUCCUCACCAGAGUGGUCCCUCAUUGGCUCACCUUUCAAACUGUUGUCUUUCUUAUCCUCACCAGAGUGGUCCCUCAUUGGCUCACCUUUCAAACUCAAUUUUAGCAUCACUCCCUCCUGGAAGCCUCCCUUGAUUUCUUCUCCCUAGGUCUCCUUGGGGUUCCCACAGGUGCCUGUGUGUCCUCCAUCUUGAUUCUGUAUCACCUUGGUCACACAUCCAUUUCCUCCUCCAGACUUGGACCUUUGUCAGGAUCAAGGUUGUGUCCCUGGCACCUUGCACAGGGCUUGGCACACAGUGUGCACCUAAUUGUCAGAGCUCUGGCGACCUGGACCAGCAGUACAGCUUCUGUGGAGCCUAGUAAACCUCUUUCCCUCCUUUUCUUCCACCCCAGCUCUCCUCCCUGGCUGCGGAGCAAC